AUGGAGUUUACUGAAGCUUAUAAGCAGACGGGUCCUUGUUGUUUCUCUCCGAACUCCCGCUACAUUGCUGUUUCUGUGGAUUACCGUCUCGUGAUUCGUGAUACGCUCUCUUUUAAGGUUGUGCAGUUGUUUUCUUGCUUGGAUAAGAUAAGCUAUAUAGAAUGGGCAAAUGAUUCUGAGUACAUCCUUUGUGGUCUGUAUAAAAGACCAAUGAUACAAGCAUGGUCAUUAGCUCAACCUGAAUGGACAUGCAAAAUAGAUGAAGGUCCUGCUGGUGUUGCUUAUGCUAGAUGGAGUCCUGACAGCCGGCACAUACUUACCACUUCUGAUUUUCAGUUGAGGUUAACAGUUUGGUCGCUUUUGAACACGGCAUGUGUUCAUGUCCAGGGGCCGAAGCAUGGCUCUAAAGGGGUUUCUUUCACUAAAGAUGGGAAAUUUGCUGCGAUCUGUACGAGGUGUGAUUGCAAGGAUUAUGUAAAUCUACUAUCGUGUCAUACAUGGGAGAUAAUGGGUGCGUUUGCUGUUGAUACAUUGGACUUAGCUGAUAUAGAGUGGUCGCCGGACGAUAGUGCUAUAGUAAUAUGGGAUUCACCACUUGAAUACAAGGUUCUAAUUUACUCCCCAGAUGGGAGGUGCUUGUCCAAGUAUCAAGCAUAUGAAAGUGGACUAGGUGUAAAAAGUGUUUCGUGGUCUCCUUGUGGCCAGUAUCUAGCCGUGGGUAGUUUUGAUCAGAUGUUGCGAGUUUUGAAUCACCUAACUUGGAAAACAUUUGCUGAAUUCAUGCAUCUAUCCACUGUCCGUGGUCCUUGUUGUGCUGCUGUUUUCAAGGAGGUAGACGAGCCAUUGCACCUCAAUAUGUCUGAGUUAUGUAUGAGUGAUGAAUUUCUCCAAGGAAAUUCUGAUGUUUCAGAAGGACACUUCAGAGUCAUGUAUGAGGUUACUGAAGUACCCAUUAGUUUGUCUUUCCAGAAGCCUCCUGCAGACAAACCGAAUCCCAAACAAGGCAUCGGUCUUAUGUCAUGGAGUAAAGACAGCCGAUAUAUUUAUACACGCAAUGAUAGCAUGCCGACUGCUCUGUGGAUAUGGGAUAUGCACCAUCUAGAGCUUGCUGCCAUCUUGGUGCAGAAGGAUCCCAUACGAGCAGCAGCUUGGGACCCGACAUGCACACGUCUUGUUCUCUGUACUGGCAGCUCUCACUUGUAUAUGUGGACCCCUUCUGGUGCUUAUUGUGUUAGUAAUCCACUACCACAGUUUAACAUAACUGAUUUGAAAUGGAAUUCAGACGGAAGCUGUCUCCUCCUCAAAGACAAAGAGUUGUUCUGCUGUGCUGCUGUGCCCUUAAUGCCAGAAUCUAGUGAAUAUAGUUCAGAUGAUUGA